CCAGCAUUGCCCUUCCCGCCAUGGCUGCCAGCUCCGUUUGAGCGCGGGAGGGUUGAACAUCCUCCUGUGAUCAAGAGCUGUUGGAUUCCGUCAGCCCUGAGGUGCGAUCGAGACAGAUUCCUCAUCCUUAGCUGGGCAUUCUUUUCCCAUCGAGUGGUUGGUCUUGGUAAAUAGACCAAGAGCAAGGUUGGGGCUGCUUCGCCCUGGUCAGGACCACAAUCUUUCCGGUCAUUCGGUUGAGUCGAUCGCUUACCCAAGCGUAUCGUCGUUGUAUUCUUUGUAUUUCUCGUUCUUUUUCCAGCUCUGCUCUCUGGUUAUCGGACUAGUUCAACUCGCCUUUUUCUGUUAGUUUGGGCACAUUUGCGUUCGCAGCACUACCGCCCUGCUCUUCUCAAACAUUUUGUUUCAUAGCCGCCGCACAAGUGGAUGUCACCAGUAGACUGUCCAGUGAUGUUGGCAAAUCCUACACCUUGUCAUGGUAUGUGGUCGAACUCAGUGUUUGAUAUGGGGGGUUCUACCCCCCAAGGGUGCGCAAGUGAGUACCGGGCUCCAAGCACGGGCAACGGAGCCAUUCAUAAAUCAGCACGACAAUCGCUUCGUCUUGCUGUCAAGAGUGCGAGCGACAUAAGAGUCAAAGGAGAGGUCCAGAGCGCCUAUUGGAAGCCCCUUUUCAGUCCCAAGAAGCCAGUCAAGAAGGAUGACUCAGCAGCGACGAAGCUCAAGACCCCUUCGCGAACAAACAAUCGCACGCAAGAUGCCGAUGGCAAGGGAAUGGCUGGGAAACGCAAGCGAAACUCGUCACUAGAAUCAAUUUUAUCUCAGUCUUGCUUGAAUGUCAAUGAGGGAAAGAACAUCAAGAAAGAAAAAGAACACGAUAAAUAUUGUCAUUUUUGUCAGCACGUCAAGGUCAAUAUGCUGGCGUGCGAGUCGCCAGAUUGUACUCAUAGAUUUUGCACGUAUUGUUUGGCUGUUCACUUAGGAGACAAUACCGAUCCUUCUUCAAGUGCUGUUGCUCCUUGUCGGAAUGCAGUAAGUCCCAUCGCCACUGCAAAGCGUUCCGAUACAGGCAAUGAAGAUCCUAAGAACAAGGCCUGCAAGUCUCAGAAACUUUCUACUUCUGGGAAGACCAAGAAAACCAACAUUGGCAGUGAAACAGGCUCGGCUGUUCCGUUAGGCCCCCCGGAAGGUUCGGAAACCCGCGCUCCAGGGAACAACCCACACGAACACGAAGAUCAAAAGGCGAUGAUGCAAGCACAAGCGGAUCGUGUGCUUGGGCUGCUGUGCAUGAUCACAGCCGAACAAGCCAAUGUAUGCCUCUAUAUUCCUCUACAAGUGGAUCGUGACCUUAUAUACCAGGAGGAGACUGAGGAAAGCCUUCAUUCUGAUUGCAGCAACGAGUCCGAUUCUCCAUCUCAGGAUUGUGACGAAGAGAAGGAGGUUGCGGAGACGACAGCCGAGAGCUGCACCAGCUCACUGGAAGAACUUGCUCUGUUUGCCUUACAGUCUCUCGCAGCUAUCCCGGGGGAGGAUUUGAAAGCGGCUCCUGUGGGUCCAGAAACAACAGGCAGGACAGGAGAUGUCUCCCCCGGUAGACCAACAGCAGAAUGCUCUCCUUGUACACCUCGAGAGGAUCUCUCGUACGACAGUGCUUCCCCAGAACACCAUGUCUAGAGCAUAAUGCUUUUGCCUUACACACGUGAAUCUAAAGUGAUGGUGAAAAGAGAUAAUAAUUAGAGCCGCUGGGAAUCUGAAAACAUGUUUAUGAAUUCAG